GAUUGGUCGCCAUCUUGAAAUUUCAGCUACUCGUCCCCUUGUCGAAAAUGUUUUAAUUUUUGCCGUCUUUCGUCUUUCCACUGUCUUUUUUCGUCGCCAUCAUGGAAUCUGGGGAAGAUGAUAUCUGCGAGGAAUAUAAAGAAUCACUGGAAGACUUGACAUUCAAUUCUAAACCCCUCAUAAAUGUGCUUACAAUGUUGGCGGAAGAGAACAGUCAGCAUGCAUCGAGUAUAACAAAGCUGAUCGCUACUCGCAUUCGUCAGGUUUGUGUUGAGAAUCAUGUUAACUGUUUUUCUCUGUAGGAAUGUGUUCAUAGUAGUGGUGUAAAGUAAUGGGUACGGUAGCGAUUCAAACAUUCCUAAAACGAUAGACAGCGUCACUUAAAAAAAACCUAGUGGCUAUUCGUACGGGGCUUGUACAUCGACUUGCAUUUGCUAUUCAUACGAGAUUCUGACUAAACUAAUUAAGGUUAAGCACUGACUCGAAACAGUUAGCUUCUAUUUAGGGUUACAGUUGUUGUUAUGUGAAUUAAAAUGAAACUCCACCUGGCAGCGAGUACUCCGUGGUAGAGUGGUUAGGCUACGGACUAUGGAUUUUAUGCCUCGGGAUCGGUUCUCAAUGUUGCCUCAUUGAAUUUUUUUCCUUUUAAAAUUUGCCACUGAAUUUUUUUCCUUACAAAUUGAAAAGUGGUUAAAGAUACUUACACUUGCAUGGAAGUUUGUUGACCAGAAAUUUCAUAUAAAUUUCAAGAAGAAACUUAAUCCUGUAUGAAUAGCAAAUACAGGUUGGUGUACGGGUCCCGUACAAAUAGCCAUUGGGAAAAAAAAUUAAUAUGCCUUAAGCUUAAGCUUAUGGUAGCCAUUAAAGGUUAAUGAAAAAUUUUGCCCUAUAACGUCGGAAUUUUCAAAGUAAAUUGAAAAAUAAAACUAACUGUGAGGAAACAAUGCAAGAAGGUUCAAAUGGAGUAAAAGUAUGAGUGGUAUAUACAGCUGUAGAUAUUCACUGUGGCCCUCUGUGGCUUGUGAGUACUCCUUCUUGUUCAGGCAAUAAUAACUUUAAUAUACCAGCUGGGUAUAGCUCACCUUUUCUGUAAAUUUGAUCUUGUUAAUACAGUUGCUUGUGUACUCUACAGCCUUUUAGCUCGCAGCUUGUGCUUUUUUCAUCUUUAGCAUUCACACAUGUGAAUUUGCUAUUAUAUUUGACAGGUUCAACAGCAGUAUAAACUGCCAUCUCUUUACUUGCUUGAUUCAAUUGUCAAGAAUGUUGGUGGUGACUACCUUCACCUUGUUGCUCAGAUCAUGGAGGAGACAUUCACUUGUGUAUUUGAAAAGGUUUGUAUUACAGUCAAACCCUGCUUUACAGACACCCACUUAAUACGGACGCCUCAUUACUGUGGACAGGCUGCUUUGUCCCCGUCAAAAAACCCGCUUAUAAAUACUGGCCCCGCUUUUUUGUGUGUUGUUUGUUAUGCUACAAGCAUAUUGUUAAGAAUAAGCAAUUGUUCAAAGUAGAAAACAGAAAAAGAAAUACAUCAGCCUUUUGCGGAAAUUGACAAUAUCUGAAUAACAUUUUCCCUGAUUCACAAUAAAUUGUACCUAAUUUAAAUGUGCUGGGUUAUUUAGGCACAUGUUUAGUAACCAAACCUUGGAAAUUACUACCUGUUGGUUAACAGUUUACUUUUAAUUUCAAGCCCUGCUUCUGAAUUCAAACUUUUUAAAAUGAUAUGAGCAUCAGUAGUGUGAGGUUCAAUGAUAUAUUGUUUUGAUUUGAUUGUAAAGGCUGAUGAAAAGACUCGACGUGAUCUGUACAAGUUACGGCACACUUGGUCACCAUACUUUCCUGCUAAAAUGUUGCAUGACUUAGAUGUUUCUGUUAACAAGCAUGAUCCUGGCUGGCCUAUUUCUGCAGCACCUCCUCCAAGCCCUUCUAUACACAUAAACCCUAAAUUUCUGAAAAAGGUGAGAGCAUAGAAUUAUUAUUUUCACUUCCGAUGGUCAUAUUUCCCAGAAUGUUAUCUGGUCACAUAAGAUUUUAACUUGUUAGUGAAAUGAUUGUUGUCUCAUUUGUUGAUUCUUGGUGCCAUUUAUUGUUUUUCCAACAACAUAUAGUGUGUACGAGUAUCUUCACAUCUUGGAAAUCAGGUCUUUACCUUAGACGAAUGGUAUCAUGACUGUAUGAAUAAUAAUAAUAAUUAUUAUUUUCAGAAUGUUUUAUGCAUUGUUAUACAGUAUAACAGUGAACAAAAUAUUAUUUUCCAGUAUAUCAUUGUCACUUGUUGUGAAUUUUGUAGGCAGAGAAUGCUGGUGGGGUUGCCUCAUUGACUGCCGAAAUAUCAACACCAGAGGAACACCAUGUUGUCGAGGGCCAUCAACAACGUUUGCUAGAACUAGAGAGAUUACAACAAGAGCAGUUGAAGUUGACUGAACUUGAAAUCCAAGAACACCAAAUGAAAAGAGAUCUUUUGCUUAAGAAACAGCAGCAAGAGAGGCAAUUGCUUAUGCAGCAACAACAACAGGAUAUUCUUCACCUAAGGCUCAACACAGAGGAACCUGAGUCCUUACUCUCUAAUGGGGUACCUGUGCUCUGUUUUUUUUUUGUUUUUUUAUUUUCCAGUUAUUUGAACUACAGACUGACAUGAUUUAAUUGAAUUCUCAACAUAUAUAUAAACAUCUUUUUAACAAUCUUUUCUAUAAUUUUUCUUUCUCCAUUGUUAGAACAGUUGUAAUUAAAAGGAAUGGAAUGAAUCUGUCUUCCUCUGAGUUACAUGUAUAUGAAUCACUUUAAGGCUAAAUAUUUUCAAGUUGUUUUUAUGAAGUAAAAUGCUGUUGUGCAAAUCUAACCAGAUUAUUUUGCUGAUUUUGAACAGCCACCCAGCAGCACAGUUGGAACAGUGUUGACCAAAGGAGAAUUGGCUGAGAGUAAUCCAAUAGAUCCUCUUAGAGAUCCGCGUCUCCGUGACCGUCGGAGUGAGCAAGAGACAACAACACAACCUGUAAAAGAAAGGUUUUUGGUUGAAAAUCCAGAACUUUUACCUGUACCUGUUGACCAUAGUCAUCAGCUUGAGCCCACUUCAAGUAGACUUGAGGAACACUCAAGUCAUCUCUCACAGGCAGAAUCUGAGAUGAGUCAGUUCCAAGAAACCAGGAAUCUUCAGCACAUGGCUUUUGACAAACCUCCUGUUGGAAACACGAAUAGAGUUCAACCAGUAGCUCAACUGGAGAGGGAGGUUACAGGAAGUCCAAAAUAUGGUGAUCUUCACUCAGAACCCAGACCCAAACACAGCCAUAGAAGGCGAAAUUCGGGAGACUGGUCAACUCAUGCUUCAGGUCAUGAGAACACUUCUGAGGAGCCAAAGAUUUCAAGUGGUAGAGGAAAAUCACGCAAAGCAAGAAGAAGAUCUGCUGAAAGAAAGGAAAGGGAAAGAGGAAAGAGUGGGAGAGGAAGAGGCCAAGAUAGAAACAGGGACCCUGGUAAUGAUGGAUUUCAAAAUUUAGAAUUCCAAAAUGAACCUAGGUUUGCAAGGAGAGGAGAAAGAAAUGAUAGACCAGUUGAUGACUGGAACAGUGACAUUGAUAGAAGAGUGGAUAACUUUGUGCCACGUAAUGAUCGUCCUCCACCCCGCGGUAAAUGGAAAAAAGAUCAUAUAGUGUAUGUCAGAGGAAAAGACCAUGAUGAAAUUUUGAAUAGUGGAGGACCAGGCAUUUCUGAACAGAGGUUAAUGGGUAUAGGAUCUGAAAGAGAUAGGAUUGAAAAUAUCAAACCCCAGUUGAGAGAAACAGAGAUGAAUGAAGAUCAUGUUCAUCCCAGGGAACAUGUUCGCCCAGUUUUCCAUGAUGAACCUUGGGACCAGCCCACUGGUGAACCACUCCCAAAGAAACCAAGACCUUUGCUUUCAGAUGUAGAAAUAAAUGAGCUUCGAAAUAGGAAAGGGGCUUCCCCUAAUACUGGAAGGAUGACCCCUCCACCCAUCUUACAUGAAGGUUUCCACGACCUGCCUUACGAUAGAGGAGGUCAGCCAUUUCCUCAUAAUGUUGAUGGUCAUUUUCAUCCUAACUUUGUUCCUCCACCACCUGAAGAUCAUCAUAGCGAGUGGACUCCUGCAUUUGAAAUUCCUCGUGAACUAAUGCUGGAUCACCAAAAUGAAAUCAUGAUACAGGUACAGUUCAAGAGGUUUUUUAACAGAAGGUUAUUUUGUGCUUGGUUUUGUUCUGUUUGAUGUGUUGUACAGAUGUAAUUCAUUAAUUAAUUUUGCUUGUUCUGAAGGAACUGAGGCACAAAUUAUGUAAAACAAAGCAAACAAUACAACCAAACUACAAUGUUGCAAGGGAACCUUAUUUUUGGGUUCCUGUGUUUCUUUUGUUUUGACAGUUUCUGCUGAAAGACCUACAUAAAAUUGUUAGAUCAUAGGUGUUGCCCUGGUAUUGCAGAGGCCAAGAGUUCUAAUUUUGCACAAGCCAAAUGUUUUCAGGUUUUUCUUUCGUAGCUGCAAAAGUUGAAUCUAUUUUAUUCACAGCAAUAAUCAUCUUCAAUUUCAUGUCAGUGGUCAUGACUCAAAAGAAGACCAAAACCAACUCUUUGAGUUUAAAUAGGAUAUUGGAUCUUCUCUGUCCAUUUAUUUGUUUUUGCCAAAGUAAUAUUCUGUUUUUUAUCUAGGUCUCACACUGACACAAUCUUACUUCUUACAAAUAAUCUGAAACAGUAUAAAGGCAUAAAGGGCUUAAUUUUUCUUCUGCAAGAGAAAUGCCAUUCGACGCAGAUAUUAAGUGAAAAGUUCCAUUGCUAAUGUUUUACAUUCAUUAUUGUAAAUGCCCUAGGGCUCUGCCAGACAGAGAGUCUUUGAAUAAUUAUUAUUUACUUUUAGGCUGAUAGACGUCUACAAGCAGGUGAUAUAACAAUUGACCAGCAUCAUGAGUUAGUGGAUAAACUUCAUCAGUUAUUUGAGCUUCAGCGACAUGCUGAACAGAUGAGAUUUCCUCCAGACAUGCCUCGCCCACAGUUUGAGCAUCAACCCAGACCCAUGGUGUCACAUGGACCAGGUAAGAAUGAUAAACGUCAUUAUAGAUGUACUUUGUAUAUUUUAUAGCAGGGAAGCAAAUGUUUCUGCAAUUGUUAAAAUGCUAGCUCAACAAGGAUAAGCAUCUCUAUUUUAUAGUUAUUCAAUGGACCUAAAUCACUCCAUGGGUUUCAAAUGCAGUGCCUAAUAAUAUUAAUAAUAUAUUUUUGGUAAACCACCUGUAUUUUUUCAGGUGCACCUAUGGAAAUUGAUGAACCUCCAAAUCUUGGUCCUGGCAGGCCAGGGCCACCCAGGUUUGAGGAACAUCCAAGAAUUGCUCCAAGAGGCCCAGCUCCUUUAGACUCUCGUGUUCCUGGAGUAAGGCAUGAUGGCCCCAGGUUUGAAGACAACGAGCCUCGUUUGAGAAGGCCUCGUGAGGACUUUAGAAGGCCACCAAUGGACCGUGAUCCACAUCCAGUUUCUAGGCCUAUGCCAUUGGGUCCUGAAAUGCAACCAAUCAGAUCUGACAGAAUGUUAGAAGGCCCUCCAAGAUUAGAAGGCCCUCCAAGAUUACAUGUAGAUGCCCCUCCGAGAUUAGAUGGUGUCCCGAAUCCUCCUUUCAUACAUGGCAGACCUAUGGAAGAUAUUCCUACUCCAAGAACACCACCAAGACACACUAAAGGUAUUUGUAGCUUUCAUGAUGACACUAAUGUUUCACAAUCUAACCUUACUGGAGCUGCGUUUGCCUCAAUGAAUGGGUUUGGAUAUAGUUAAUUGUAGUGAGUAGAGUUUUAAGUCUGUGCUUUUGUUUUUCUUCAGUUUGUUUUCAGUAAAAUAACCCUUCAGUAUUUAUGUUGGCUAUUAAUAUUUUGUUCAAUUUGAUAAACUUUGUUUAGCUUCAUAAUUGGAAGAGAACAGACUACCGUAUAUACCUUUGUUGGUCCUACAGACACUGUGGCAACUGUUCAUCGGGAGGAUGCCUACAAAAGUUGAAUCCAUAUAAUUCCAUGACUGGUUUUGGCUUCAUCAAAUCUUAAGCAAAAAUUAGCCAGUUCUCCAAAAAUGUUUGCAGAGCAUUUCACGAGGAGCCACCCACAAUAGAGAGAUUAAGAUUCAUGUUUACCGCAAACAGCACACUCAAGUUGAGAAUUUCCCAGAGUAGAAAAUAAGCAGAUAAAAACAGUCCCAAAUGAUUCUUAUGGUUAAGACUUGCGUAAAACUACUUAUUUUUGUGUAGAAGCAACAAAGGGUAAAUAGAAAAUAAGGUGAAAACUUGGUCACAUGGUACAAAUUCAUGUCUGCUGGUUGGCAUAAACGUGAAUGUUAAUCUCUCAUAUGUGAGCAAAGUUACUGACAAGGUUCAUAAUUAUUACCAAAGAUAAUAGUGCAAAUAAAUGUAAUCUAUGACAUCAGAAUUUAAGUGUAUACACAAUUCAGAUUUACCGUAAAAGUACACGUCAUCAAAAUAGAUUAAGUUAUCCUUUUAUCCUUUCCUGGAAGACCCAAUUACUUUAUUGAUCCAAGCUGUUAAUUAUUACAGAUGAGGCCAUUCCUCCACAUACUCCAAACACCAUGAUGGAAAAGAGAGCAGUUGAUGAUCUGUUCCGUAAGCUAAUGGACGUGGGAAUAAUCAAAGUGACUCCUGAACCUGGUAGUGAGUCCCCACGACAUGUACCCUCACCUGGUCCCCCACAGGCCGAUAUUCCACAACCCCAGCCACCCCCUGUGAAGCCUGUUUCUGUACCUUCAGUUCUUCCUUUACUAAAUGCUAUCAUGUCCAAGAAAGAGCCAUCAGUGGUAAAUGAACCCAUUCCUGUGAUAAAGCUGGUGCCAGAUGAAUUAAAAAGGUAAUAUUUAUGUGGCUGGAAACACUGGUGUGCCUGUGGCUUUGAAGCAUGCAUGAGAAUUUGUGCAGUAUCCCCAUGCAGUCCUUUGCAUUUGGUUUUGAAAAUUCUUUCAACAUGUUCUUCCAAAAUGACUAAGAUGAUCACAUGUCUGCUAGUUUUGAAAAACAUAUCCAGUUUACAGGUUCUCGCUGUAUCUAUCCUUCUUGUUAUUGUCAGCAACAUUAUUGUUAUUUUAUUCGCCAGUUAAGUUUUUUUAAAGGACCACAUGUACUGUUUGGCUGUCUAGAGACAUGACAUACUUGUUUAAAAUUAUUUUCAUCAUUAAACCCCUUUUUUAAUUAACUGGGCCCUUGUUACACUGAGCACUAAUGGAAAGUCCUGCACUCUAAUGUUAAUGGCUUGAACAAGCACUUUAUAAGCAAGCAGGGGGAUUAGAACCGCUUGCAAGUGGCAUUGACACCCAUGUAAAAAACCCACACUACAGGGCAUGCUGAAAGAGUGGUCUUGAGCUGGUUUUUUUACGGACAAAAAAGAGUAACGUGGCUUUCAGCAGCUUUUUUCUUUUCAACAGGCGCCACAAUGGUGUGAUAAACAGCCUUUACGAAGGCACACAAUGUUCUUCAUGUGGACUGCGGUUCCCUGGGGAAGCUGCUAAGAUUUAUGGUGAACACUUGGAUUGGCAUUUCAGAAAGAAUCGUAGAGAGAAAGACAGUAGAAGAGUAGCACACAGGACGUGGUACUUAAUGGUCAAUGACUGGUUGGAUUAUGAGGAGAUUUCAGAUCCAGAAGAAAGAGGUGCUUCUUUUUAUGCAUUUGCUAACACCUGUGAAAUUUGAUCGCUUCUUUUGGGGGGUCGUUACUUUGGGAGCUUUACAGUAUUUGAGUUCAUUGUUUCAUACUGUACUUUUCCAUUGUUUUAACCUCUUGUAAGCUACAUGUACCACUUGACACAUGGUCUGAUCUUUAUGUUCACUCACACUUCAUGUUAAAAGCUGCCAAGUACUGAGUAUCUGAAGAACUUUUAGGACAACAAGAACUUGACAUGGUGUAAAUUANUGAGUUCAUUGUUUCAUACUGUACUUUUCCAUUGUUUUAACCUCUUGUAAGCUACAUGUACCACUUGACACAUGGUCUGAUCUUUAUGUUCACUCACACUUCAUGUUAAAAGCUGCCAAGUACUGAGUAUCUGAAGAACUUUUAGGACAACAAGAACUUGACAUGGUGUAAAUUAGAAAAUUGUAUGCAAUAAUUCUCUUCCAUUUCGGAUGAGGGCCCUGCAGAUCAAUACUUGUAAGUACAGUGCAACUGCAAAAGUCUUUGCAUUUGGGUUUUUGCUUAUAACAGCUUAGGUGUCUGUUUUUGUUUCGACAGCUCGGAGUUCAUUCUUUGAUGUUUCUACAAGGGCUGUAGACUCACCUGACCCACUGAAGGAAGCAAAAGAAGGAAUUGAAGGAGAUGGUAGCUGUCCUGUACUCCCUGGUGACACGCCGGCUGAAGCGGUAACAGCAAACCAGUCUCUUUUAGUAGCCUUGAUAUCCUUUUUGCUUAUAUCUAUAGUGUUGUUGUUCAUUAUCAAUGUGAAGCUCCCCUGUGUAGGCCAUAACACUAACUUAUUUUUCUGCAUGUGCAGGAGUGUGAUAUCUGCUGUGAAGAGUUUGAACAGUUCUGGGAGGAGACAAAUGAAGAAUGGCACUACAAAUCUGCUGUGCGAAUUGAUGGCAAGGCAAGUGUACAGCAAUAGAGCAAACCUGCCAGCAAGCUGUCAUUUUUGUGGAUCAAAGCAAGCCACAAGGGGCAGAGGAAAAGGAGACUUUCACUUUCACUCCGUUUCUUUACCUGCCUCAUGCUUUCACAUCUCCUUUCGUUGUGAUUUCUCACGACUCCACCAAAUGAAGAGCUUGCUCACAGGCUACAAUAGAGCUGAGUGACACCAUGCAAGUGGCUGGGGAUUUCAGUUAAUAAAUAAUGUAUUAUCAAACAAGCUUGUUCGUUCAAGGUGGCUGGAUAUUGGCCAAGUGCGUUGUUAUGGACCAAGUUGGAGUCAAGGCUCACAAAAAUGCAAAAAGGAUUACCAGUAGGCAAAUAUUUAGUUCUUUUGACCAAACAAGCUUGUUCAACAAAGGAUUUACCAUAUGGGCAAAACAAUGUCUUUUCUAAUGGGACAAUGCAGGAAAUCCCAAGCCGGCAAGAUGGGCCUAUCCUACCUGCUACUGUAGCCAAUUAGAACACAGGAUUUGCUUCAUCUUGCUUCCUCAUGAGGCAGGCAUGUUAUUAAUUUUUCUCGCAUAACAAUUAAUAUGUAGUGUUGGUAAAAAAUGUCUGUCACAGCUGUCAAGUGUAAACACUGACUGGACCAAUGUGUGUAACAAAAUAGCAGGGGAAGGCAUCAUAUCAUGUAGAUCAUCAGCCCUACUCCACCCCCCCGUUAUUAAUUUAUUAUUUUAAUGUCCAGACUGUAACCGAGCCCUUCCCUCCCCCCUCCUCCUUCUCAUUUGACAGUCCUUCUGUUGAGGGUCUUGACUGCUUGCUGACUCAGGUUCUUUUAUUACUUUUGUACUGAAAAUUCCAGUUACUUUUUCAGACUUACCACUCAUUGUGUUAUCAAGAUGCUAAAGAGGUGAGGUUGAACUUUCCUGUUUUUUCUUUCCUUGUCCUUUCUAGUGGGAUGGUUCUUAGAGAUAAAAUUGUACACAUUUUUAAUUCCUUAGUAUUUAAUAGAUUCAUUUCCAUUAUUUGUUAACUGUGGUGUUGGAGCAAUGUAUCUUCAAUGAGGAAAAUACCAUCUUAUGACUAACAUGUUAAUGUUUUGGUUUUCCCUUUCGCUUUGUAUUUUUUUUCUGGUACGAUUGUGGCUUGCUUUGCUUUGCUUUGCUUUGCUUCCACGUUGUGCCAUAUAGAACCAAGCCCAUGUGGAAGAUGAUAAUGAACAAGAGGUGGAUGGUAUGGAAACGGAUGCCAACCUUUCAUCCCCAGUAAAGGAAGAAGAGAAAACACAAGAAAAACAGGAGCAAAAUAUUGCGGGCAAAUCAAAAUUCACAGAAAAUAAAGAGGGGAGCGAAGUUAGCACACUAGGAGAAAAGACUGUAGAAUCAGAUGUGAAGUCUUCAGAGAAAGAUUUGUGUAAAGUAGAGAAUACUGGGCUGGAUAUAAAGGGUAGUAUUAGUGUGUCUAAUAAUGGUGUUGAUAAUAAAGAAAAUGAAACAAAGGGUGAUGAUAAAUAGUCACUCUUUACAGAGCAGUGCCAUGAUAUUCCAACAGGACCCACUGGUUUAUACUGCCACAGAUCAAAUCCGACAAAUAACCCUGAUAAAAGAAUCCCUCUGUCGAUGAACCGACUGUGUGUCAUCUGUCCAAUACCACUCCAGCUUACUGAGUACUUGCCAUUUAGAGAACUUGCUCUAUGUGCAUCCAUUGUUCUUGAUUAUUUUGUUCGUAAGUUUUCUUUUGUAAUAACACCCACAGUAACAUGGGAACUUUUGAAUGCCACGCCAAACAUGCAGCAAUUUUUCACUCCCUUGUUGAAUAAUGGCGGUGUUCAACCUUUCCAUUCAAUAAAUUGACUGCAUUUCCAAAAAAUACAAAAACAGUUAAGAAAAAAAUAUUUUUGUUUGUCAAGGGAAACUCAAUUUUAAGGCUACAGCGCAGUUCCCAGUAGCUUAUACUAAAUGUUCUUCCUUGAAAGGCCCUUAUGGGCAGUAAAUUGCUGCCUCAAUGUACCACCCUCCCAACUGAGGAAAUAAAGAUUUUCUUACAAUGGUUGAAGUCUGAUUUUAUCUUAAGUAUUGUACCUUUAGUCAUUUUGUAUUUGAAAAGUUUUUUGCUCCAGCAUUGCCAUCAGUGUUUUUCUCCAUAGCCUUGUCAUUUACAACCGAAUUGACGAAUGGCCUCUGAAGAUUCACAACCAAACUUAGAUUAAAGUAUGAAGCACCUCAACUUGGUUCUCGCACUGGUGGCUGUGCUGGUUAAUGCGGAUUCUGUGAACCAUAAAGGGGAAGCAAUGUUAUUUGUUAAUUGGGUACUGUUCAAGCAGUGAAUAAAACAAUUGAACC